AUGCCAAAAGAGAUCAAGAAGCGCGGUCGCCGAGCGGAGAAGAAGCGCAAGGAGGAGCGCGGAGCAGCAGACGAGCUCGAGCAGAACGCAAACUAUGUCCCAAUCACAGGGCAGACUGCGGCGGCGGAGGAGGAGGAAGCUGAGGCUGCAUAUUACGGCGACGGAGCCCAGCACCCCAACGACGACUCACAAUUCUACGGCCUCCUCACCGACGAAGAAGCCGAGUACUUCCGCGGCGCCGACGAAGUUCUCGAGAGCAACAGCUUCGCCGACGCCGCCGAGCGCGGCCUCUUCAUCGCCAACGUCUACCGCGAGGCCGACGGCAAGGAGCUCAAGAUUGCGAGCAGCCAGGGCUGCUCGCGGCUGCUCGAGAAGCUGGUGCUGCUGUCGACGCCGGCGCAGCUCAAGAAGCUGUGGCGCGUCUUCACGGGCCACUUCCUGAACCUUGUGCAGCACCGCUUUGCGUCGCACUGCUGCGAGGUGCUGUUUGAGCGCUCGGUGGUGGUGGCGUCGAGAGAGAUGGAUCCGGCGUAUGUGCCGGACGGCGGUUUGACGGAGAAGGAGGCGGAGACGGCGGGCGACGAGGUCUUUGCGAGUAUGGAGAGCUUGUUCCUCUAUAUGCUUAAUGAACUCGAACCCUCAAUCAUCCCCCUCCUCUCCCACACCUUCGCCUCGCACCCCCUCCGCGCCCUCCUGCUGAUCCUCUCGGGCCAGCCCGUCUCCUCCUCCACCUCGCAGUCGCUCGUCCAGAGCCGCAAAAAGAAGAACAUCUCCAUCACCACCGACUUUGCGCCGCCCGAGGCGCGCGAAGCCGGCGCUGCCAUCGCGGUGCCGGACUCCUUCACCGAGGCCGUGGAGCGUAUCGUGGCGGCCGUGGGCGCGGGCCUGGACGUCGAGGAGAUCCGCGCGAUGGCCUUGCACCCGAUUGGCAGCCCGACGCUGCAGGUGCUGCUGCAGCUCGAGAUGCGAAAGUCACGGAAUGAGCGGAAGAGGAGUGGCGGUGGGGAGGAGGUGACGCUGUUGGGGAAGUUGGCGGGGAUUAGUGCUGGUGGGGAGGAGGAGGGGGAGGAGGAAGGGGAGGAGGGGAAGAGGCCGUCGAGUUUCUUUUCAAACUUGUUGUAUGAUCCCGUGGGAAGCCAUCUGGCGGAGAAGAUUAUGAGCUAUGCGCCAAAGAGGGAGUUUAAGAAGCUGUAUAAGGCGCAUUUCAGGACGCGCAUGGGCAGUCUGGCGAGGAAUGAGACGGCGGGGUUUGUGGUGGUGAGGGUGCUGGAGAAGCUGGGGAAGGAUGUGAUGAAGGAGGCAAUUGGCGAGAUCUUGAAGGAGGUCGGGGGAAUGAUUGAGAGGGGCCAAGUCGCGGUUAUCAAGACUUUGAUAGACGUCUGCGGGAAGCAGGAAGUCGACACGACUGAGAUCGCAAAGGCAAUCUCCGACGCCUACAACUGCACCCCCGAGCAGCUCAUCCCCAAAAUGCUCUCCCUCACCCCCGCCGACCUCACCCCCCCGCCCCCGCCCAACCCCGACGACACCAAAGAGCCCCCCAAACCCAAACGCGACCCCAAGCAGCGCCACGGCUCCCUCCUCGCACAAUCCAUGCUGCAGCACCCCGGCCCCCUCCACACCCUCAUCACCACCUCCCUCACCUCCCAGAGCAGCAGCACCCUCACCGCCCUCUCGCAGCACCCGCAGGCCUCGCACAUCAUCCAGGCCUUCCUCCUCUCGCCGCACUCCUCCGCGCCCGACCGCCGCAGGCUGCUCAACCAGCUGCGCGGCGCAUGGGGGUCGCUCGCCACGCACCCGGCGGGCUCGCAUAUUGUGGAUGCGGCGUGGACGGCGACCGCACCGCCGCUGGCGAAUUAUAAGCAGGCCGUGGCGGAGGAGCUGGUGAAGGCGGAGAGGGAGAUACGGGAGAGCUUCUUUGGAAGGAAUGUUUGGCGCAAUUGGGCGCUGGAUAGGUAUAAGACGCGGAGGAGUGAGUGGUUUGGGUUGGCGAGGGAGGCGGCGGCGGCGGCGGCGGCGCCGUCAUCGUCGUCGCUGGCGAGCGGGGUGGGCGCGAUGAGGAUUGGCGGGGGUGGUGGGCCGGGGGCUGCGGCAGCUCAGGGUGGUGGUCAAAAGCAGCAGCAGGGUGAGCGGAAGAAGACUGCAAUUGAGCUUGCGCGGGAACGGCAUGCAGCGAAGAGGGCAGCGUCCGGGCAGCCGAAGACAGGCUCUGGCUCUAAUGCAGUGGUGGCCACGGCGCCUAAGAGGCAGCGUGUUGCGUGA